CAAAGUUCACAGGAAGCUGGGGGGCUGCCAUUUUUCCCUGCUACUGCUAACGUUUAACGUUAGAUGCUAAAGCGACGGGGAGGGGCGGUUGGUUUUGGGUGUUUUUCUAGCUAGCUGACACCAACGGCUCGGAAAAAGGCGUCAUUUCUCGGACCUGUCGUCGCUAACAACCGUUGUUGUUGGAUGCAUUCGGCAUGGAGAAGGUAGCGGAGCCGUCUUGGACUUCUUCGUACACCUAUCAGGUGAGCAAGCACAGUGCGGAGAUGCUACACAACCUGAACGUUCAGAGGAAAGAUGGAGGCAGGUUCUGCGACGUGAUCUUGCGCGUCGGCGAGGAGAGCUUCCCCGCGCACAAAGCCGUGCUAGCCGCCUGCAGCGAGUAUUUCGAGUCGGUCUUCAGCCGACAGGCGGAGGUCGACGGGGACAACAGGGAGCUGGAGAUGCACACCAUCAGCCCCAAAGUUUUUAAAGACGUCUUGGACUUCGCCUACACCUCCAGGAUCGUGGUGCGACUGGAGUGCUUCCCCGAGUUGAUGACAGCUGCCAAGUUUCUGCUGAUGCGCUCGGUCAUAGAGAUCUGUCAGGAGGUCAUCAAACAGUCCAACGUGCAAAUCCUCGUCCCGACCCUGCGCGGGGGAGACGCCAGCCUUUUCCAGGCCGCGGGGGCCGCGGAGCUGGGUUUCCCGGGGGCGCAGCAGGACGUCGCGAACGGAACGGCGAUGCUGGUGAACGGGCAAAGCUUCGCGAACGGCGCACAGACGCACUUGGACGGCGGCGGAAACCCCGCCGUCGUGUUGCUGGAGGAGGGCGGCGGAGACUCGUCGAUGCCGAUUCUGGAGCCCGUCGGGGGACUGUGCGCCGUCCCGUCCGCGGACACGUUCCAGCACGACGCCGGCUCCAAACGCCACCGCGGGAGACCCAAGAAAGCCGGCGGCGUGGCGCAGGCUGUGCUCUUGCACGGCGGCGCGCAAAAAGACAUCGUGCUGUAUCCUUGCGGGACUUGCGGCAAAGCUUUCACGGAGGCUUCGCGGUUGAAGAACCACGAAGCGCAGCACGGCGCUCACGGCGGCGACAACCAUAACGUCAACAGCGUCGCGGACAGCCUGUCGGCCGCGGGCAUUUCUCUGAUGGCUCACUCCGGUCUGAUGGAAAACGGGCUGCUGCUACACGGCGGACUGACGCUGGACAACGGCCGCAAACGGGAGAGGACCAGGCGGCACGUCGGCUGUGACAUUUGCGGUAAAGUCUUCCGCGACGUGUACCACCUGAACCGACACAAGCUCUCCCACUCCGGAGAGAAGCCGUACGCGUGUCACGUGUGCGGGCUCCGGUUCAAGCGCAAGGACAGGAUGUCGUACCACGUGCGCUCCCACGACGGGUCGGUCGGCAAACCGUACGUGUGCCAAAGCUGCGGGAAAGGCUUCUCGAGACCUGACCACCUGAAUGGACAUAUCAAACAGGUUCACACAACAGAGAGACCCCACAAGUGCCAGAUUUGUAAUGCCUCUUUUGCUACAAGAGAUCGCCUCCGUUCACAUCUUGCAUGCCAUGAAGACAAAAUCCCCUGCAAGGUCUGCGGCAAGUUUCUGCGGGCCGCCUACAUGACUGACCACCUCAAGAAACACAGCGAAGGGACGCACAACUACUGUGGCAUUUGUAACAAAGGUUUCUCCACUGCGUCCUACCUUAAGGUGCAUAUAAAGACACACCACAGCUCUCCGCUCCCCCCCUCUGCCACAAUGCACAGCUUCGCCGAGCCAAGGGGGGAGCUGCAGAUGCACAACGGCACCCCUUACCACAUGGGACGCCAGUGCUCAGUGGAAGACCUGUGCGCCAGUCGCCACCUGCGUCUCACCUCGUCUGAGGGAGGGGGUCGCUUUCACGGACACCCAGUUCUUCCCCAGCCUGGCCCCCCAGAGCUGCUCAUGGGGAAGGCAGGUGGGGGUCCGUAUUUCUGGGAUUGUCGCUCUGGCUUCCCCGUCCACGGGCCUGCCGCAGACGGGCAGGAAGACACGGGGAAAUGUCCUCACCUGGAAUCGGACGAAUCGGAUCCCUCGUUUGGGGAGUUGUCCAACGGGGACGAGCUUAAGUCUCCGCAGAAGCCCGACGGGCCGGAGCUGGAGACGUCGUCCUUAUCCUGCAACGGAACCUCCGCCGAGGCCCCGGGCUCCCCGGAGCGCUCUAAAGCCAAGACGGAUCCCGAGAAGAAGUUUACCUGUGGCAUCUGCGGUCAGGCCUUUCGCACCAAGUCCUACCUCAACAAGCACCAGCACAGAGUCCACAAAGCCCAGAAGGCCCCGGGGGGGUCGGGGUCUGCGUCGGGCUCUAAUGAGCUGUCCCCUUCCCUAAGCUCCCCGUUCUCCCCGCAGCAGAACAUGUCCCUGCUCGAGUCUUUUGGCUUUCAGAUCGUGCAGUCUGCGUUUGCGUCCUCGCUGGUGGACGCUGAGGCCGGUCAAAGUGGGAUGGACUUUGGAGGGAAGUGACAUAUUUGCUAAAGUUCCUUUCCCCUCAUUUGUAGGACAAAGCCGGGUCGCCCACAGAGGGACGCUCUGUAUUUGGGACUAAAUUUUUUCUGUUUGUUACGUGACUCAAUGUGUUUCCAAUAUUUUGGCCGCAGACUGCCAUGCGAUUCCUACUUUUUCUACCUUCUCAGAGCAUAAAGUGAGUGCACAGUGUUUAAAUUUUCUUUUUCAGAAACAACAUGAAGGUUUUAUUUCCUUUAUCUGAAGUGGAUCUGUUGGAAGUUAUGUUUGAUAGUUUUUCUUUUGUUUUUUUGCCUUGUGUGUUCUUUGAGCUUUCUUGGCUGCACAAAUGUUUCUUAAUAGUGUCUUUUAAAAAAAAAAAAAAAAAGUUUUGACUUAUUGUCUGUUAGCCCGCUUUAUUUGCUUUACCCGGUAAAUCAACUCUUGGCUGUUUCUUUGAACUUAAUGCUCCACAAUCCUUUCCUUUAAAAGCUGUACACAGAUGUUCUGCUGCUGUGAAGAUGGAUUGUGUUUUUAAUAGCAGGGUUUGGAGGAACAUUCCUAAAAGGCCCACGACAUGUUUCAUGACUCGUUUAUUGUGCUGGCACUAAUGGCCCCAAUUAUUAAUCCUAAUUACGGUUAAGAAGCACUUUUAAAACAUUUUGAUGCAACUUUCAACAGUAACGGUUACAGCAUCCACACAAAGUUGAUCCGCCACCUUUAGAAGCUGGAAAAAGACGAUUUUACUAUAUUGUGAAUAAAAUGACGGUAUAGUGCUUGGUGGAUUAAUAUAAUUAAUAUUACCCCGAGUUCAUUAGAUAUUUAUUGUGUAUUUUAUCACCAUCUAACUGAGCAGCUGUGAACUUUAAGUUGGUAAACUGAUGUUUUAGCUGGAGGGAUUUAUUUAUAAUCGUUUGCAUGGGAAAAGUUCUGAGAAGUAAGAAGAGGAAACCAUCGUCACUAAAAUGAAACAUGCCUUGAGCUUGUUAGGAAUGAGACCCCCCCCCCUCCCCCCCAAAAUAACCAUGUUUGCAAGCCUUGUUUGUUUGGUUCUAAGUAAACUGUACAUUCAACAGGGACCAAGGUAAGGUAUAUUUUCAGUAUAUAUUUUAAGAAAUGUAGAUUAUAUAUUUUAUUAACUUAUUCGUGCCCUCAGUUUUGUGUACUUUUGUGUACAAAAAAGAAUUGUCAGACAAAAAACUUGUGAUUUUUCUCGUUUGGAUCCUUUUUUACUAAAUUAUGAUUAAUUGAUAAAUGUUUCUAUGUGUGUGUUGUGCAAAGGUUUGGGGGGGUUUUGAAUAAGAGGUCAAGCUGUGCCCCAGCAGCCUCUGGACCUGUUGAUGCUACUUUCAGCUCACUUUAUGUCCCCUUCGUGUGCUGAUGGUAGACGACGUGUCUUGUGUUUGCACUAAUGGUAGCGAGGUUGAUGCGCAAGUCAUCCAUCCCAGUGGAAACCAUGACGGAAUCCGUCCACGAGGGGGGGGGCUCAUCUUUUCUAAGUUUGCUUCCAUUAAAAUGAAGCCUCAUUUUCACACCGUUACGAGAACAUUCUACGCUGAUAAAUGAUUUGUGCAUCUUCAGUUACUUAUUAGAAAAAUCCAACAUACCCAACUACAAAUUUAUAAUAAAAGGCAAAGUAAAAUAAUUCCAAAUUUAAAAUGUAAUCAUCUUGUAUCUUAUUGACUUCACACACAUGUUGAUUAUCAUCUUUUCUAUUGUUUUUUUUCUUCCCUUUAUUGAUCAAACUGUGUGUGAGUGAUUGUGUUUCUUGCUCUGUUUAUUAUUUGUGUUUAAUUUAGGAGGUUCACUUCAGUACAUUCCUUUAUUAUUUAUGAUUGUGUUGUGAUUGUAACGAGUGUACAUACCAUUUGCAUUCACAUUCUAUAAAUAUAUAUACACACAUAUAUAUAUAUAUAUAUAUAUAUAU